AUGUUUACAAGUGCAGCUUUGAGGUUUUUUGGUUUUUUUUUUUCCAAUAAGGCACCUUCAUUCCACCGAAUUGCUUCACCUACCUUUUUUAACUUCUUUUUUUUUUUUUUUUUUCUUCUUUCUUUUUUUCUUUUUCAUUCUUUUUUUUUUUUUUCUUUCUUUCUUUUUUUUUCUUUCUUCAUUCUUUUCUUUUUUUCUUUUCAUUCUUUUCUUUUUUCUUUUCAUUCUUUUCUUUCUUUCUUCUUCUUUCUUUUCUUUCUUUUCUUUUUCUUUUUCUUUCUGUCUUCUUUUCUUUCUUUCUGUCUUCUUUUCUUUCUCUUUCUUUCUGUCUUCUUUUCUUUCUCUUUCUUUCUUUCUGUCUUCUUUUCUUUCUCUUUCUUUUCUUUCUGUCUUCUUUUUUUCUUUCUCUUUUCUUUCUGUCUUCUUUUUCUUUCUUUCUUUCUUUUCUUUCUUCUUUUUUCUUUCUUUUCUUUCUUUUUCUUUCUGUCUUCUUUUCUUUCUUUUCUUUCUUUUCUUUCUUUCUUUUUCUCUUUUCUUUUCUUUCUUUUCUUUUCUGUCUUCUUUUCUUUCUCUUUCUUUCUGUCUUUCUUUCUCUUUCUUUCUGUCUUCUUUUCUUUCUCUUUCUUUCUUUCUUCUUUCUUUCUUUCUUCUUCUUUCUUCUUUCUUUUCUCUUUCUUUCUUUCUGUCUUCUUUUCUUUCUUUCUCUUUCUUUCUUCUUUUCUUUCUUUCUCUUUCUUUCAGUCUUCUUUUCUUUCUUUCUCUUUCUUUCAGUCUUCUUUUCUUUCUUUCUCUUUCUUUCAGUCUUCUUUUCUUUCUUUCUCUUUCUUUCAGUCUUCUUUUCUUUCUUUCUCUUUCUUUCAGUCUUCUUUUCUUUUAGUCUUCUUUCUCUCUCUUUCUGUCUUCUUUCUCUUUCUUUCAGUCUUCUUUUCUUUCUUUCUUUCUUUCUCUUUCUUUCUCUUUCUUUCUUCUUUUCUUUCUUUCUCUUUCUUUUCAGUCUUCUUUUCUUUCUUCUCUUUCUUUCAGUCUUCUUUUCUUUCUUUCUUUCUUUCUCUUUCUUCUUUUUCUUUCUUUUCUUUCUUUCUUUCUUUCUCUUUCAGUUUUUUUCUUUCUUUCUUUUUUCAGUCUUCUUUUCUUUUUCUUUCUUUUUCUUUCUUUCUUUUCUUUCUUUUCUUUCAGUUUCUUUCUUUCUUUCUUUUCUUUCUUUCUUUCUUUUCUUUUCUUUCUUUUCUUUCUUUCUUUUCUUUCUUUUCUUUUCUUUCUUUCUUUCUUUCUUUCUCUUUCUUUCAGUCUUUUCUUUUUUUUUCUUUCUUUUCUUUCUUUCAGUCUUCUUUUCUUUCUUUCUCUUUCUUUCUCUUCUUUUCUUUCUUUUCUUUCUCUUUCAGUCUUCUUUUUUUUCUUUCUUCUUCUCUUCUUCUUUCUUUUCAGUCUUCUUUUCUUUCUUUCUUUCUUUCUUUUCUUUUUUCUUUUCUUUCAGUCUUCUUUUCUUUUUUCUUUUCUUCUUUCUUUCUUUUCUUUUCUUUUCUUUUAGUCUUUUCUUUUCUUUCUUUUCUUCUUUUCUUCUUUCUCUUUCUUUUCGUCUUUCUUUCUUUCUUUUUCUUUUCUUUCUUUUCUCUUUUCUUUCUUCUUUUCUUUCUUUUUCUUUCUUUCUGUCUUCUUUUCUUUUUUUUUCUUUUUUUCUUUUUCUUUCUUUUUUUUCUUUCUUUCUCUUUCUUUUUCUUUCCUUCUUUCUUUUUCUUUUCUUUCUUUCUUCUUUUCUUCUUUCUUUCUUUCUUUUCUUUCUUCUCUUUUCUUUCUUUCUUUCUUCUUUCUUUCUUUCUUUUCUGUCUUCUUUCUUUCUUUCUCUUUCUGUCUUCUUUUCUUUCUUUCUUUUCUGUCUUCUUUUCUUUCUUUUCUCUUUUUUUCUUUCUCUUUCUUUUCUUUUCUUUCUUUCUUCUUUUCUUUCUCUCUUUUUUUCUUUCUCUUUCUUUUUUCUGUCUUUUCUUUUUCUUUCUUGUCUUCUUUCUUUCUGUCUUUUUUUCUUUCUCUUUCUUUUUUUUUCUUUCUUCUUUCUUUCUUUUUUCUUUUCUUUCUCCCUUUUUCUGUCUUCUUUUCUUUCUGUCUUUUUUCUCUUUCUUUUUUCUUUUUCUUUUCUUUCUUCUUUUCUCUUCUGUCUUCUUUCUCUUUCUGUCUUCUUUUCUUUCUGUCUUCUUUUCUUUCUGUCUUCUUUUCUUUCUGUUUCUUUUCUUUCUGUCUUCUUUCUCUUUCUUUCUGUCUUCUUUUCUUUCUGUCUUCUUUUCUUUCUGUCUUCUUUUCUUUCUGUCUUCUUUUCUUUCUGUCUUCUUUUCUUUCUGUCUUCUUUUCUUUCUGUCUUCUUUUCUUUCUGUCUUCUUUUCUUUCUUUCUCUUUCUUUCUGUCUUCUUUUCUUUCUUUCUCUUUCUUUCUGUCUUCUUUUCUUUCUUUCUCUUUCUUUCUGUCUUCUUUUCUUUCUUUCUCUUUCUUUCUGUCUUCUUUUCUUUCUUUCUCUUUCUUUCUGUCUUCUUUUCUUUCUCUUUCUUUCUGUCUUCUUUUCUUUCUCUUUCUUUCUGUCUUCUUUUCUUUCUCUUUCUUUCUGUCUUCUUUUCUUUCUUUCUCUUUCUUUCUGUCUUCUUUUCUUUCUUUCUCUUUCUUUCUGUCUUCUUUUCUUUCUUUCUCUUUUAUUUAUUUUUUUUUUUUUUUCAUCAGUUUGACACCCAGAAAAUCUCAUGUAAAAAUGUCAGUGUUCAGCGUGGUUUAAGGAAACAUUUGUUACUGGCUCCAAGCGAGGUUGCUGGCUGGGGUAUUUUCCUAAAGGUAUCAGCAGAGAAAAAUGAGUUCAUAUCUGAGUAUUGCGGAGAAAUCAUCUCCCAGGAUGAAGCAGACAGACGUGGCAAAGUAUAUGACAAGUACAUGUGCAGCUUUCUCUUCAACUUGAAUAAUGAUUUUGUUGUUGAUGCAACAAGGAAAGGAAAUAAGAUCCGCUUUGCAAACCACUCAAUCAACCCUAACUGCUACGCCAAAGUCAUGAUGGUCAAUGGGGACCAUCGUAUUGGUAUAUUUGCCAAAAGACCUAUUCAGGCUGGAGAGGAGCUAUUUUUUGACUACAGGUAA